AUGGCUUCCUCCCUGAAUGAAAGCCAGUUCCAGUGCUCUAUCUGUCUAGAGUUGUUCACUGACCCAGUAUCCACUCCAUGUGGCCACAACUUCUGUAAGAAUUGUAUCGGGGAGUAUUGGGAUAUCAGUGACCAGUGCCAGUGUCCUUUGUGUAAGGAGACAUUUGGCAGAAGGCCUGAGCUUCGAAUCAACACGUCGUUCAGAGAAGUUGUUGAUCAUUUUAAGAAAAUGACAGUUAAUGAAGGGUGCAUUGCUGCUACUGGAGAAGUGGCCUGUGACGUCUGCUCUGGGAGGAAGAUCAAGGCCCUGAAGUCCUGCCUGGUGUGUCUGACCUCUUACUGUGAGACUCACCUGGAGCCUCAUCAGAGAGUGGUGAAUCUGAAGAGACACAAGCUGAUCGACCCUGUGGAGAACCUGGAGGACAGGAUGUGUAAGAAGCAUGAUAGGCUCCUGGAGCUGUUCUGUAGGAGCGACCAGACAUGUGUGUGUCAGUUUUGUGCUGAGACAGACCACAAGCAUCACCACACUGUGCCACUACAAACAGAAUUGCAACUAAAGAUGAUUCAGAUUCAGAGGUCAAAGGCGGUUGUGCAGCAGAUGAUCCAAGACCGGCAGCGGAAGGUGGAGGAGAUCAACGCUUCAGUGGCGUUAAGUAGGGGCAAUGCAGAGAGGGAAAUAGUGGACAGUGUGGAUGUCUUCACUGCACUGAUACAAUCUAUUGAGUCAAGCCAGGCUGAACUCAUCGAGGUGAUUGAGGAGAAAAAGAAAGCAACAGAAAGCCGGGCAGAAAGGCUCAUAAAAGAGCUCGAGCAGGAAAUCACUGAGCUACAGAGGAAAAGCACUGAGUUGGAGCAGCUCUCACACACCGAGGACCAUCUCCACCUCAUACAGAGCUUUUACAAGCAAACAACCCUUCCAAAAACUAAAAGCUGGACUAAUGUUGCUGUUUCUCAAGUCAACUUCUUAGGCUGUGUUCGAAAUACAGUGUGUCAAGUUAAAAACUCUGUCGAAGACCAUGUAAGAAAGCUGUCAGCUACUGAUCACCCAGUAGUGCUAUCUGCAGGGUUUGCUCCAGAACUGAAAAAGAUGCAGAAAUAUGCAGUGGACGUGACGAUGGACCCCAACACUGCAGGCCCAUGGCUUAUCCUCUCUGAGGAUGGAAAACAAGUGAGAAAAUUGCCAAGGAAAGUGAAGGUCCCGGAUAAUCCUGAGAGAUUCACUAAGGAUGUCUGUGUCCUGGCAAAACAGGGGUACAACUAUGGGAAACAUUAUUGGGAAGUUGGGUUGCAGGAGAAAUCAAACUGGGUUAUAGGAGUAGCUUGUGAGACAGUGCCUAGGAAGGAAUUCCUUUCACCUGAGCCUUUGAAAGGCUUAUGGACUCUCUGUCACAGGGAUGGCAAGGAAUAUGUGGCGUUCACAGAAAAUCCACACCCUAUUUUACCUUAUCCACGACCCCAGAAAGUCGGGGUCUUCCUGGAUUAUGAGGAAGGCCAAGUGUCAUUCUUUGAUGUUGAGGCAAAGUCUCACCUAUUCACUUACACAGGGUGCAAAUUCGCAGGGAAAAUCUUUCCCAUAUUUGAUCCUUGUCUUACAGCUGAAAGAAAUGAAGUCCUUCCUCUUAUGAUUACUAUGGUGCAGGUAAAUUAGUGACAGUACACUCCAUCUGUAGUGUAGAUCCAGCUACGGUGUACUGAAUAUGCCUCAACUUUAAAUAAAUUAGAUCAUCAAUUAGAACAUUUGACAGUACCCAUAUUUCACUCUCACUUGGAAUUGAGGCAUCUACGGAAUGGGUGACAUGGGACAUGGACUCAUCUCAACUAUAGUUUAAUUUGGGGGUCUGAAAAUAUCUGAAACUUUCUGUGAUAUUUGUUGUUAUACAUUUUGUUAAUAUCUUUAUUGUAUUCACAUGCCUGGAUUAUGGUGACAAACUGAAAUGUACUCCCAAUUAUUCUAAUAUCCAUUUUAGAAAUGUAUAUCAAAGGGAAAUACUGUAUUUGUAUCAAUAGUAUUUACUUGGUUAAAUGGUGUCUUCUCUCCUCACCUCCUUUUCAAGACAAAGUGUAAAUCAGUAAAUCCCAAACCAGCCCCUUGCCACUACCAACUCAUUCGGAGGGCCCUCCGUUGUCACACGUUGCUGACGAAACUCUGAGGGUGACUUCCAGAAAGGGGAUCAAUAAACCCAUCAACUUGGGACACACUCGUGAGUCGUGACUUGAAUGACGCAAUUUA